CGCCGCCUGCUAGCAAGUCGAUAUGUCGAAAGUAAUAUCAUUGACACUUCUCGUUUGCCUUGGACUCAUGUCCUCGGUCAGCGCUAUGCCCCAAAAUCAGGGACGUAUUGUUGGAGGAGAGAAUGCCGUUGAGGGCGCAUUCCCUUACCAAGUAUCGUUGCGCUUCAGCGGCUCACACAUUUGUGGCGCCUCUAUCAUCAGUCGUCAGUACGUGCUCUCAGCUGCGCAUUGUGUGGGUGAUGAAGAUGACGACGGCAAUUACUUUGUCUAUGCAGCUUCAUACUUCUCAAUUCGUGCGGGCACCACUCAACGUCUCAUGGGCGGUGUUGUCGUCCAGGUAACCAAUAUUGUUGUUAAUGAGAAUUAUGGCAACUUUUUGCAUGAUCUCGCUUUGCUCCGUUUGGAAACACCACUCAUUUACUCCAACAACAUAAAAGCCAUUCCCUUGGCCACCACUGAAGUGCCCACUGGUGGCAGUGUUAUCAUCUCCGGUUGGGGUGCUCUCUCAACCACUGGCAGCUCGCCAACGAAACUACAAUGGAAUACUGCUAGGGCUUUGUCCCGUCUGCAAUGUUUGAGCUCAAUUGGUGUUGCUAGCAAUGCUUUACUCUGCUUGGGACAUGAGGCCAACAAUGGUGCUUGCUUUGGUGACUCUGGUGGUCCGGCUGCCUACAAUGGCGAGCUGGUAGGCGUUGCCAGUUUUGUGGUUAGCGGUUGUGGCAGUACUAAUCCUGAUGGCUAUGCUAAGAUUUCCGCACACGUGGAUUGGAUCCAGGAAAAUUCGGAUUUGUUUGCUAACUUUUUCUUUAGUAUUCAUUUGGACGUCCCUCUGCAACGAUCCAAGAUAACUAAAAUCACUUUGUUCGCCUUGGUGUGCGUCUUGGGUGCUACCUACACUCAAGCGGUCCCAACCGGUCGCGUUGUAGGCGGUGUGAAUGCGUAUGAUGGACAAUUUCCACAUCAAAUAUCGCUGCGUCGCAACGGCUCACAUACGUGUGGUGGCUCGAUUCUGAGCAAGAAUUUCAUAUUGACAGCAGCACAUUGCGUUGGCACCACCAAUGCGGAGGGUAAUUAUACGGUCUAUGACGCCUCUACGUUCACCGUACGUGCCGGUACGAAUGAUCGCUUCCGUGGUGGUGUUUUAGUUAAAGUAAAGGAGAUUACCACGCACGAGGAUUAUGGCAACUUCUUGAACGACGUGGCGGUACUGCGGCUCGCUGAACCAUUGAUAUUUUCGAAGAAUAUUCAACCCAUAUCUCUAGCCUCCACAGAGGUGGCUUCGGGCACACCCAUCAUCAUUUCCGGUUGGGGUAGAAUAACUCAUGGUGGCGAUCUGCCACGCGAAUUGCAAUGGAAUACUUUGACGGCGAUUUCACGCAGCGAAUGUAGAGACGCCAUCCGGUGGGAUAGUGAUGCACUCAUCUGCUUGGCUCACAAUCCGAAUAAUGGCGCCUGCAAUGGUGACUCAGGCGGUCCGGCUGUGUACAAUGGUGAAGUGGUCGGUAUUGCUGGUUUCGUGUAUGGUGGUUGCGGGUCGGGCUAUCCAGAUGGUUAUGCUAAGGUCUUUUAUCAUGUCGAUUGGAUUACGAAACAUGCUGAGCUGUAA